AUGGACGUUUCGUCCAUUGUUGCAACUUGGCUCUCAUUUGCCGCCACAGUCAUCGGCCUGAGUUCUCUCGUAACUCAUGUCCGAAGUGCCAUCGCCCAGGCAGAUCCUUUUCUUUCCUUGCGCGACACUCGGCACUUGGGCUGGUGGUGCUUCCGACAGCCCUAUGUGCCAUGGUAUUGCAUUGUUCAGCCGCCUCCCCUCGGUCCAGUAAUUCAUGCCAAUCUUCUGGACGGUCUGUGUGGCCGAAAGACAAUCAGUCUCAGUCGUCUACCACUAACACAGCCAGCUGGUCAAGCUUGCAAGCGAGCCAUCCGAAACUAUCUCAAUGGAUCGCGGGUGGCAGGAUCUACCUCUCGUUCCUCUGAUGAGACACGAAAUACUACAUGCACAAUUAUCUCCCGCGCGACCUUCAUGGCACUGCUUGCCGUGACAAAUGCUCGACCGGCAUUUCUCUACAAUGGCUCUUCCGGACAUCGAGCUGCUUACGCGUCGUACUGCGGUCAGUGGCUAGUUGAGUGGCAGAUCGGAGGCCGAGCGGUAAUUCAUUUUGCUCCACACGACUCCCAUACCCUACUUGACAGUAAUGCGGAAUCUGCUAUGUCGGAGCAUGUUGUCGUUCUUGACUUGCCCAGCUCCAAAAGUCCUGACCGCAGUUUUGUCUUAUAUGUCCCUGAGAAGGAGGGGGGUACACUCAACCAAGCUUUGGAUUGUCUACCAUGGACUCCCCUUUCUUGGUCUGCCCAUCGCGGCCUCAGAGAUAUACUCGUUGCUUUCGCUAAAACCAGGAUGGAUAUGCAUCGAGAUGUACUGGCCGCAACUCUACACUUGGCGGUGUCUAGGUGGCCCGAGAAGCUCGAUGCCAAAGGAUGGAAUCCAAAUUUUGUCAGAGAAAAUAUGGCAGACAUGGCAGCUAGUGCUGUCUUAGCCGGUAGUGGGAUUUCAGGGGGUGUUGUUCGGAUCGUGACAGAUAUAGCUUUGCUUCUCUGGGAUGGAACGGUAGAAGAACUGGACGAGACGACAUUUUGGAGAGAUACAACUACCCCAAGGAGUACUUCGAGUCUCAGUCCAAUGACUGUUGUCGCUCUCGUCAAAUGUUUUGUUCUGGAAUGGAGCGUGGACCUGGAUUAUCAAAUGUAUCAUGACUUGCCAAUGGAGUUAUACUUUGGAUGA